UCGGUGUUUGGCUUUAAGUUGUGUCAGCUGAGAACACCCACUUGUUAUAAGUACGCGUAAAACUGUUUACAAACUGGUUAUCGUUCUCUACUGCUAGAUCAAUUUCGUGCCUAAUUCCCGAAAAGAAGAUCUUCUAGGAUACUGCCAAUUGACGUUGAUUUUAAUAAUUAUAUUAAUCAGUGAGUUUCGCUUUGCAAGUGUUCUUAUAUUCAGUGCUAUGAUGAGUCAUACUUUCAAGUGACGACGAGUGUCGACGAUUUGGAAUAACUCUUUUACUUUCAAGCGUGGUAGCUGAAAACUCAACAUACAUUAACAUAGGGCUACCGGAAUCAAAAUAUGGCAACAAAUCAAGCGGGGCGACAGACAAACAUCCAUGGACCAAACCAGCCGUACUACGGAAAUCCUAACCAGCCACAGACGGCACAGCAGCAAACCCAGCAGCAACAGCAACAACAACAGCAGCAGCAGCAGCAACAGAUGGGCCGGAACACGAUGAACCAACCGAGGCCUAUGAACCCGAAUCAACCGAUGCCACCUCAGACGCAGCAGCAGCAACAGCAACAACAACGGAUGGGUGGCCCAGUGCCUGGUCAGCAAAUGACACCACAAACGAUGCCUGCCUUCCCACCUCAUCUGAUGGGCGGAGCGUCCAAAAAGCCUCGCUACUUCAUGGCAUUGUUUGACUACGAUCCAGCCACCAUGAGUCCCAAUCCGGAUGCGUGUGAAGAGGAACUGCCCUUCAAUGAAGGGGACACGAUUCGAGUCUACGGGGAAAAGGAUCCUGAUGGUUUCUACUGGGGUGAGCUGCGAGGCCGAAGAGGCUACGUUCCGCACAACAUGGUCCAGGAGAUCGAAGAUGGCGCUCAGGGUGGCGUCGGUCCAUCGGUGAGGGGCAUUAGCCGAGAUCGGUGGGGAGACAUCUACGCCAACAUGCCGGUUAAACGGAUGAUUGCGCUGUACGAUUACGACCCUCAAGAGCUAAGUCCAAAUGUAGAUGCCGAGCAGGUGGAAUUAAGUUUCCAAACCGGCGCCGUCAUACUCGUGUAUGGUGACAUGGACGAAGACGGCUUCUACAUGGGCGAACUGGAUGGCGUACGAGGUCUGGUGCCGUCUAAUUUCCUAACUGAGGCACCAGACCAGUACAACAAUCAAGGCCCAACGGCAAACAAUCUGGCCCAGAGGACGCUCAACAACAACAAUAAUCGCGGUCGAGGGUUGAUGGGUCCGGGAGCACGUGGACCCGCCCCUCCCACCGGAAACAACAUGGGUGGCAUGGGUGGUUUGAAUCAGCGGGGCCCGCAGCGGAAAGAUGCUCGCCCUUCUUCCCCUACACUGUUAGACAACACGGGCCACCCUGCCCCCGAUCACCAAACGCAGGGGAUGCAGGGGAUAGGAGGGAUGAUCGGUCAAGGGAUAGGGAUCGGUGGUAAUCUUGGCGGCCUGAACCAAACGCCCCUGCAACAGCAGCAGCAGAUGCGCCAACAACAGAUGAUGCAACAACCGAUGAUGCAACAGCAACAACCUCAGCAACAACAACAACAACCCACGACAACAGCCUCAUCUGGUGGUGUCUUUUCUACAGCAACCAAUCUUCUGUCCGGAGCCGCCGGAGCUGCAACGGGUGGUCUGUUUGGCAAGAAGCCGGCCGCACAGACCCAACAACAGCAGCAACCCGGUGGUGGACCGAUGAAUCAGCAACAGCAACCGCAACAAUCGUCCGGUCCAUUUAGUGGCUUAGGCAUGAAUAUGGGCAUGGGCGGUGGUCAACAACAGCAGCAGCAACAACAACAGCAGCAACCUGGCCAACCGGGACAACCCGGACAACCGGGACAACCUGGACAGCCGGCUGGUGGUCUCAAUAUCAUGGGUAAGAUGCAGGAGAUGGCAGCACCAGGCGGAGACAUUCUGUCGAAAGGCAAAGAGCUAAUAUUUAUGAAAUUCGGCCUUGGUGGCAAAUAACCCCAGGCAUUUAGUUCGCAGCAUUGUAAACAUCGUUUAACUAGUAAGAAUCAAUACUACUAUUGCUACUAUAGCUGUAAUGAAUCUAGACUAAAUUGUAAAUUAUUACUGCUAUACAUAUAACUCAGCAUUCCGCAUAAUGAAGACAAGAAAAAAAAAGAAAAAAAGACACGAUCACAAUACGGGACGAACCUUUAGCAGAAAGAAAAACAAAAACGUAUUCACAAAAUAAGACAAACUAAUAAUAAUAGGCUAGUAAGUUCAAAGCAAGGAUUCCGAUGUUAGAAGCUGCAAUCGUUGACGAUACCAAUAGGUUCAUGGUUUACAAAAAAAAACCGUAAAUUAAACAAAAAGAUAAAAAAAAACUAUAAAAAAAAUCAGUUGUAAAUAAUCCGAGCAAAGUAAAUAACGUAUUUCAGCUUGAAGAACAAAAAGAGUAAAAACUAGAAGAGAAAGAACACGAUCACGCACACGUAUUUUUCCGCAGCAUUUCGACGAAGCCGUUUAUGUUUAAUAUGUCAUCGUUUUCCCGCGGAUUUGCAUUUGUUUGUCCUAGUUUUAUUGGAAGAAACUCGCGCAAGAAUGUUUCUUCGUCGAGGAUGAAUGUAGCUGUAAACUUUACAAUGUAAACAAAGAAGAAAUACAAAACGUGUUUCAAUAUUGUUGUUUAUUUCUAAACAUAUCCAUUUAUUUUUGUUUCUCGAACGCUACUAGACUAUUAUUACAUGGAAAAAGUGAAACGUUGAAGUUAUACAAUGUUGUAGUUAUUACCGGACAUUAAAGACGAGUUCUAAUGUUAAGAUGAGUGAUCAAAAUAAAGAAUAACAAAGUGAAUGAAAAGGUGAUAUUUACAUUUAAAGCAAAUCAUUACCCAUAUCAUUCCAAACCAAACGUUAAACUAUAAAUAUAUCAUAUACAUAGAAUCGACCGAAAUUGAAAGACGAGUAAGGCGAUAAAAGUUCAUGCUUCAAAGGGCUGUUCAACAUUCAUAUUCAUUCAUUCCAUCAAACGAUCGCAUCUCGUCGGAACAUUACAAAAAUAAAAGUUUAAAACAACCCGGUCAUCAUCAAUAAUCCUCAUCGUUAAAAGCUAGCAAAACAAAUAAUAAAAAGAAAAUAGUAUAAACAACAGCGCGUCUUUAGCACAACUUAAAUUAUAUAUUAAAAGAUAACAUCUUUGACUAAUAGUUAAAAGAAGAAAACAAACCCUAGAAUAAUCUUCACUGUUAACUUCUUAUUGAAAACCCCUAAUUAAAUCAAAGAAUAAAUUAAUAUCGUCUUUAAAACAGUGUUAUGAUCGGUUGAAUGUUUUUUGUUUUUAUACCGGCCGAAAGAAUUGCUAAAUUGUUGUUCUAAAACCUCAUGCACAUAAACAAAGACAGAAAGUGGCUAAACGAAAGUUGGUUUAUUCUUACUGCGGGAAAACUAGAAAAAGGUAAAGGUGGCACAUAGUUUCAAAAAUCUGUUUCAACUGAAAGUUACGAUCUUUCGAAGCAUUGUAAACCCUCUGGCUACCACCAUUCUAUUUGGGCUCAAAAUUGAACAUUUGUACAUACUUAAUCUACCAAUCAAAGUGAAAAAUAAAUUUAAUCAGUGAAAAGAAAACGAAACAAAUUCACGCCAAAUGUGCCCACAGCACAUAUAGGACAAACAAGUUGUAUGUGAAUCAGAAAAUGAAACACAACAAACGUAAAUUGCAAACCAUCAAACAUUUCGAGUAUGAAAUGUAGCGCAAGACGACGACCACAAAUGUUUACCCACCAUUAUUAAAUUGAGAAUAUUUAUAGUUAAUAAUCAAUCUUUAAUCUUAAACAAAACUAAACUCACACACACACAGACACAAACACAUACCGACACAACACCAGAACAUCACAGAUAAAAACUCCUACACAUACACGUUUACGAAAAUAAAAGAAACUGUGAAAGCAAAACAAAAAGCGAGAAACUCGUUUGUUACUUAGAGCAGUUGGAUUGACAAACUAAUCAAUUGACAUAAACAACCACAACAACACCAACAACAACAAAAAAACUAAUGCCGAAAGAAAUAAAAUAAAAAGGGGAGAAACUAUGAACAGAUUCAAACAAACAGUAAGAACAUCAUCAUUUGCUCAGUCGUUUGCACACGUUAACAAAAAAUUUAUGCUAUCACCUAUUUUCUAGCUUCCAACAUCGAGGUGCUGACCCGUUUGAUGCAAUUGAAAUAAUUUCAUGCCAGAAUUAAAUUGAUCUCUCUCAACCUAUCCAGUAAAGAAAAUAUCCAACGGUUGAAUGAAAAAUAUUGUUUUUUUUUCAGUGAUGCUAAAUGCCUAACUUUGGGAGAGUUUGUUGAUAAAACGUGCAAGUUGAACACUAAAAUUUUUCUUAGCACGUCUGGCAGAAAAAUAUUAUUGUAUCAACGAACACCUGUACCAAUUAUGAAUAAACCCCCUUCUGCCUCACAGAUAGUAUUUUCAAUAUUGGUAACAAAUAAAAUGAUGUGAAUUGGUCAUUUGAAACCAGAAAUCAGAAAAAGUAUUAAUAUUUUGAAAAAUUGAGUUAGAUUCGAGAAAUGGAACCAAUAAUCCAUAUGUAUAAAAGCAAAUUGUAGCAAAUGGUUCACUAGAGAAUAUUUUUUUAUGUUUGAACUCAUAAUCUUAGAAAAAACGAACAGUUCCCAAUAAUUCUAGUAUUUUUAUUUAUCUCCCAAAUUUUAUCAAGUAAUUGAAGUUCGUUGAGAGAAGGAGACAGCCAAUCAGAGCAAAAUUAUAGAAAAUCGCAUCAAACUCCUAAAAAUGGAUUUCAAAAUCAUUUGGUCAGCAUUGUCUGAAAAUGUGAGGUGAAGUAAUUCUUCAAAGAUUCAGAAUCGUAAGUAUAUUUAAUCUAAACCGCUCGUUUUUAUCAUGCAUUGGAUUGGGAUUGCGCUCUGCUAUAAAUUUUUAACAAAAAUCGAUAGAUCAAAGCCAUUCGAGACUGUGCCCGCGCCUGAAUGCGGCUUCUUAAAGUUCACGCGUGCUCAGCGAAUGAAAUACAUAUAUAACUUACGAAAUUCCCACGCUUCUAUUUUAGUUUUGUUCUUUCUGGACCCGUAUUUUUUUUUAAACCUUGGAUUAUUUGAAAUGUAAUACUAUUGUAAAAAACUACAUUCCGGCCGUUCCCUUAUUUUUAGGACCCGACAACUGUAUCCUGGCAUAAAAAUGUAUCACAGUGAACAAUCCGUUUCCUCAUAUAGCUCACAAGAACAGGACCAUCACCAGCCAUUACCGUUUGUUUAUUUUUUCGAAACACGAUGCUGCCAAACACUCAAAACACCCACCCAAGCGAUCACAACCAAUACACAAUCCACAGUUAAUACAAUUUAGGGGAAUAUAUCAAGCUAAAAUA